AUGGGCGAUUAUCACGAACUUGCUUUGGCUAACCUUGUUGCUUAUGACCCAUUUGCUAUUGCCAACGACACUCCGCUUUUUCUUGCCAGGCCAGGCAUUCAAAUUUCUCCGGCUAAUUCUCUCUUCAGUAUGGUACAGUACAUGCGCAGUUGUUCUUCUACGAGUCAUCGAAAAAUGCCAAAGUCAGAACCGCGGGCGGGCAUCCGCGCACGCACCCGGCAGACCGAGAGUCGCAGUACCGCUUCCGACCAACGAUCUAUCCAAAGACUGGAGCCCGUAAUGCGUUCUCCCCAGCAGCCUCUGCGGUCCCGUCGACGCCCAUCCACGCUGCCACAGGUAUCUGGUUCUGGUUCUCGAGACCCUCCUUCUGCCCUAUCGCUGAAAUAUCACGAGGCAUGUUUGGCUACGGUCGAAAGACUGGAGCUGGAGAUUGAAGCGUUGCAGAGAGACAAAGAGACCCUGUCGGAGCGCGUUGGAAGCGUCGAAAGUGAGAUCCAGGAAUUGUUGAAAGAACAGCAUCAGUGGAGACAACAGCUGCCUGAGCGGCGCGUGACUCAACAGCUGAUGCACGAAAUGCAGCAUACCGUUGCGGGUUGGCACCAGCGGCUUCGCAGCCCGGCUGAUUUACCAGAAGAGGCGGAUCCUGCCGCCAUGACGGCUGCUCUGCCGGCAAUGACGACGGUGCCAGAUAUGUGGAAUACUCGGGAGGACGGAGGGGGUGUAUUUGACAACGAUCAUGGCAUUGAACCGGACUCCGGUGACUUUACGCAGCUUCUUCAAUUCUAG